AUGGUGAACAAUUUCAUAGUAGAAUUCAGUUUGGUCUUUUCACUUUUUGUUGAAGUGUUGAGAACAUCCAAAAAGGUAUUUUCUAUAUAUAAUAAUUUAAUUUAUAGAUUUUCUAAGAUGGCAAGCAAAAAGAACAUUUUGUUGCUCUUUGACCGACCAAAGGAACCCGUUUUUAUGGUUAAAGGAAAAGAAAAUUCUGUUUUCGAUGUUCCACAAGAAUAUUUGGAUGAUAAGUAUAAGCCAAUUGGGGCUCAAAUUGUUAACCGUUUUGGAGAGGAUGCUAACGAGAAAAUCCCUGUCUCUAGAAUUUCACUACCACCACUUGGUGAUAUUUUGGAAUUAAAGCGUAACGAAAAUUUCUCUCUUUUCUUGCCUAAACACCGCAGGAUCGCCGGCAAGCUUAUCGACAUUUUCCUAGGAAUGCGUAAUGUGGACGAAUUACUUUCUUGUGCUGUCUAUGCGAGAGAUCGCGUAAACCCCUAUUUGUUUAACUACUGCCUCUCUGUUGCCUUGUUGCACAGACCUGAUACCCAGGACAUCGAUUUGCCCUCUUUUAUUAGUUCUUUCCCUGAUAAAUACCUAGACAGUCAAGUUAUCGGUGAGGUAAGGGAACAAGCCACCAUUGUUCCUGAUGGAUCAAGGACACCCAUCGAAAUUCCUAAAGAUUACACUGCAUCUGAUUUGGAAGAAGAACAUCGUCUUGCCUACUUCAGAGAAGAUUUGGGGAUUAAUCUUCACCACUGGCAUUGGCAUUUGGUUUAUCCGUUUGAAGCUGCUCGCGCUGUUGUUGAUAAAAAUAGAAGAGGAGAGUUGUUCUAUUACAUGCAUCAGCAAAUUAUUGCUAGAUACAAUUUUGAACGUCUCUGCAAUGAUCUUAAGAGAGUAGACCGUUUGGUGGAACUAAAGGAACCAAUUAAAGAGGCCUAUUUCCCGAAAUUAGACAGCUUAGUUUCAAGCAGAGCUUGGCCUUCCAGAGUAACCAAUCAGACUUUAUCAAACAUAAGAAGAGAAACUGAUCAAAUCACACAGGAUGUCGAUGAUGUUAUAAGGUGGAGGGAUAGAAUUUUGGAAGCAAUUCACACGGGAUCCGUUCGAAAUGAACAAGGCCAAACUAUUCCUUUAACAGAAAAUGAAGGCAUUGACAUUUUGGGAAAUAUGAUAGAAUCCAGCAUUUUGUCACCAAACAGGGCCCUGUAUGGUGAUAUGCAUAAUAUGGGACACGUGUUAAUUUCAUACAUUCACGAUCCAGACCAUCGUCAUUUGGAAACAUUUGGAGUUAUGGGUGACUCAGCCACUGCCAUGAGAGAUCCAAUUUUCUACCGUUGGCAUGCAUUUAUUGAUUAUAUUUUUCAACAAUUCAAAAAUACUUUACCUACGUACACCCCUCAAGAGUUGGACUUUUCUGGAGUCACCGUACAAGAUGUUGAAAUUCAAACCCAAAAUGGCAAACCAAACCAAAUAAACACCUUCUGGCAACAAUCCGAUGUCGAUCUUUCCAGAGGCAUGGACUUCCAACCUAGAGGUUCAGUAUUUGUUAGGUUUACCCAUCUUCAACACAGGAAUUUUACUUACAAAAUCAAUGUAAAUAACAAUGGCAAUGGCAACAAGCAGGGAACAUGCAGAAUUUUUAUUGCUCCCAAAUUUGAUGAAAGGGGCAACCCAUGGACUUACCGCGACCACAAGAACAUGUUUGUUGAACUUGAUAAGUUUGCAGUUAACUUAAAACAGGGUAAAAACACCAUUACCAGAUCUUCAACUGAAUCCUCGGUGACAAUUCCUUUCGAACGUACUUUCCGUAACUUGGACAACCAAAGGCCAACUGGUGGGGACAAUUUGGCACAAUUCAACUUCUGUGGGUGUGGAUGGCCACAGCAUAUGUUAAUACCAAAGGGCAAAGCCGAUGGAUUCCCAUGUCAACUUUUUGUAAUGAUUUCCGAUUAUGAAGGCGACAAGAUUAAUCAAACCACUGAAGGUGCUUGUAAUGAUGCUGGAAGUUACUGUGGUAUCAAGGACAAGUUGUAUCCAGACCGUCGUUCCAUGGGAUAUCCAUUCGACAGACUUCCAAGGCAAGGAGUUGAUACUAUUCAGCAAUUCUUGACUGGCAACAUGAGAGUUCGUGAUGUCAGUAUUCAAUUUGAAAAUCGUACUUUUAGACCCAGAGAAGUUGGAAGGAACUAAACUAAAAAAUAUGUGAUGACCGGCUGAUGUUUUUAAAUUAUAUUUAUGUAUAUUUAUUAAACUUGAAAAAUAUAGGCAAAUAGAAAUUA